AUGCGCUCCCUGAUACUGUUGUCUGCAGUCGGCCUCGCCCUCGCCGGCAACCUUGGCGGCGGCGGCGGCGGAGGCUUCGGCGGCGGUGGAUUUGGCGGCGGUGGCCACGGCGGUGGUGGUUUCGGCGGCGGCGGUGGUCAUCACGGCGGUGGUGGUGGCGGUGCCGGUGGCGGAGCCGUAGUCAGCACAUCUGUGGUUGAAAUCAAGAGCCUCGGAUCAACCGGAGGUGGUGGUGGCGGAGGCGGUCACCACGGAGGUGGUGGCUUUGGCGGCGGCGGCUUCGGCGGCGGAGGAUUCGGUGGCGGCGGUUUCGGCGGAGGUGGACACCACGGUGGCGGUGGUGGCGGCGGCGGCGGUGGCCAGGUUGUAGGAGCGUACAAGGCUGGCCCUGCCUACUUGGUCAAGGCGUUGCAACCCAUCAGUGGUGGCGUCGGUGGCGUCGGUGGCGGAGUCCACGGUGGUGGAUUCAGCGGCGGCGGCGGCGGCGGCUUCGGCGGUGGACAUGGCGGUGGAUUCGGAGGUGGCGCUGUUGGAGGCGGAGGUGGCACUGCUACUUAUCACGUUACUGUCAAAGGUGGCGGCGGCGGCGGCGGUGGAGGAGGAUACGGCGGCGGCGGCUUCGGUGGCGGAGGACACCACGGAGGCGGCGGCGGCGGCGGCGGCCACGGUGGUGGAGGAGGCGGGGGAGGAUGGUGGUAGGACA